GGCUCGUUAGCGCAGGGGAUCCGAGCAGGGCAGGACAUGUGAGAUAGUCACAGUUUCCCAGAGAUCACGACAAGAUCUAACCAGUCGCGCGUGGUCACCGGCGCCGGAGCGGGCCAGCCCAGCCCAGCCCCGCGCAGAGCCCCCGCCACCCCCGCGCUCAGAGCCCCGCGCCCCUCGCUGCGCGCCGGACGGGGAGCGGGAGGAGCCGCCGCCGCGCUCGCCACCCGGGUCGCCCUUCCAACUCGCGCGCCGCCGCCCGGGCCGGGGGUCCGAGCCCCGCGCCCCCGGCCCCGGCCCCCCGGCGCCUGGGCCGGAUGUCCCGAUGAGAGAGCCGGCGCUGGCGGCCAGCGCCAUGGCUUACCAUCCGUUCCACGCGCCGCGGCCGGCCGACUUCCCCAUGUCCGCCUUCCUGGCGGCAGCGCAGCCCUCCUUCUUCCCCGCGCUCGCACUGCCGCCCGGCGCGCUGGCCAAGCCUCUGCCCGACCCGGGCCUGGCGGGGGCGGCGGCGGCGGCGGCGGCGGCGGCAGCGGCGGCCGAGGCGGGGCUGCACGUCUCGGCACUCGGCCCGCACCCGCCCGCCGCGCAUCUACGCUCGCUUAAGAGCCUGGAGCCCGAGGACGAGGUGGAGGACGACCCCAAGGUGACGCUGGAAGCCAAAGAGCUGUGGGACCAGUUCCACAAGCUGGGCACCGAGAUGGUCAUCACCAAGUCCGGGAGGCGGAUGUUCCCUCCCUUCAAGGUGCGCGUCAGCGGUCUGGACAAGAAGGCCAAGUACAUCCUGCUGAUGGACAUCGUGGCCGCGGACGAUUGCCGGUACAAAUUCCAUAACUCGCGCUGGAUGGUGGCCGGCAAGGCCGACCCGGAGAUGCCCAAACGCAUGUACAUCCACCCGGACAGCCCGGCCACAGGGGAGCAGUGGAUGGCCAAGCCCGUGGCCUUUCACAAGCUGAAGCUGACGAACAACAUCUCCGACAAACACGGCUUCACCAUCCUGAACUCCAUGCACAAGUACCAGCCGCGCUUCCACAUCGUGAGAGCCAACGACAUCCUGAAGCUGCCCUACAGCACCUUCCGCACCUACGUGUUCCCUGAGACCGACUUCAUCGCCGUCACUGCCUACCAGAACGACAAGAUCACACAGCUGAAGAUCGACAACAACCCGUUUGCCAAGGGCUUCCGGGACACCGGGAACGGCAGGAGGGAGAAAAGGAAGCAGCUGACGCUGCCCUCGUUGCGCUUGUACGAAGAGCACUGCAAGGCCGAGCGCGACGGCGCCGAGUCCGACGCCUCGUCCUGCGACCCUCCCCCCGCACGGGAACCGCCGCCGUCCCCGGGGGCGGCCCCGAGUCCCCUCCGCCUGCACCGGACCCGAGCCGAGGACAAGUCGUUCGCCGCAGACAGCGACCCAGAACCCGAGAGGCUGAGCGAGGAGCGCGCGGGACCUGCGCUGGGCCGCAGCCCGGCCCUGGACGGCAGCAGCCCCCCUCGCUUGACCGAACCUGAGCGCAGCCGGGAGCGGCGCAGCCCAGAGAGGGGCAAGGAGCCGGCAGAGAGUGGCGGGGACAGCCCCUUUGGUCUGCGGAGCCUAGAGAAGGAGCGGGCGGAAGCCAGGAGGAAGGACGAGGGCCGCAAGGAGGCGGGUGAGGGCAAGGAGCCCAGCCUGGCACCGCUGGUGGUACAGACAGACAGUGCGUCCCCCCUGAGCACCGGCCACCUCCCGGGACUGGCUUUCUCCGGCCAUCUGCACGGGCAGCAGUUUUUCGGGCCACUGGGGGCUGGCCAGCCGCUCUUUCUGCACCCGGGACAGUUCGCCAUGGGCCCUGGAGCCUUCUCCGCCAUGGGUAUGGGUCACCUGCUGGCCUCAGUGGCAGGUGGUGGCAGUGGCGGGCCAGGGGCCACCACCGGGCUGGACGCAAGCGGGCUGGGCCCCACGGUCAGUGCAGCAAGCACCGCCGCCGCACCCUUCCCAUUCCACCUCUCCCAGCACAUGCUGGCAUCUCAGGGAAUCCCAAUGCCCACUUUCGGAGGCCUCUUCCCCUACCCCUACACCUACAUGGCCGCCGCCGCGGCCGCCGCCUCCGCUCUACCGGCCACCAGCGCCGCCGCCGCUGCCGCCGCCGCCGCUGGUUCCCUCUCCCGGAGCCCCUUUCUGGGCAGUGCCCGGCCCCGCCUGCGCUUCAGCCCCUACCAGAUCCCGGUCACCAUCCCGCCCAGCACGAGUCUCCUCGCCGCUGGGCUGGCGGCGGAGGGCUCCAAGGCGACGGGCGGCAGCCGGGAGCCCAGCCCGCUGCCGGAGCUGGCUCUCCGCAAAGUGGGGGCCCAGCCCCGCGGCGCCCUGUCGCCCAGCGGCUCCGCCAAAGAGGCGGCCAGUGAACUGCAGAGCAUCCAGAGACUGGUGAGUGGGCUGGAGAGCCAGCGAGCCCUCUCCCCCGGCAGGGAGUCGCCCAAGUGACGGCGCCCAGCCGCUCCGCCGCCGCCGCCGCCGCGCUGGCCUCCCGGGCUGCCUGCUCCUGCUGCUGGGGACCUGCGCGGCACAGAAUGGGUAUUUAUUUAAAGAAAGGAGCAAACCCGGCUGCAGCAGCCGGAAUAGAGCCCCCCCAGCCAGCGGGGCUGGGCCGCGUCCCUGGCCCUCGCAGGGAGCCCCGCUCCGGGAUCGCAGGCGCCGUGGAGCCCUGGACUCGGUCCAGGUUCGCUCCAGUGUCAAGGUGGCAUCGUCGGGGCCCUUGUCCGGGUCCUCCUGCGCGGUGGGGAGACCUCACCCCCAGCCCAGCGGUCUCUUCAGGAGCCAGAGGGUGCAGGGGUGAGUGGGAGCUUCCGAGGGAAUCCCGGAGGCCUGGCCUCCUGCCCGGACCGCCUGCAAACCUGGGCUGCGGGGUGCUGGGCCCGAAGACGGAAGGCAGUGUAGACGGGAGCUGGGAGGGGCCGUUCCUUUUCGUCCUUGCACCCCUUCCCCCAAGAGCCAGGAGCCCCUGCCACCCUGGGCCAGCGGAGGGAGUGGCACUCUGCCUUGAGUCCCCAGGGGAAAAAAAAGAUAUUUAUGAAAUAAAUGAUAAUUUGUGUAAAUAUGCUUUAAGAUUCCCAGAAUAUGCAAAUUGGUAUUAAUUUAUUCAAAGGUGUACAUUGCUGUGUACAUACUAUGUAGAGAUGAACUCAUAGCAUUUAAUUUUUCUCAUUUGACGUGAGCAUCUAUGUUGUACAGGGCUGGGGGGUCCUCGGCGGCCGGAGGCCCCGCCCCCGGAAGAGCUCCCACCCCCGGCCCCUCGGCCCCUCCGCCCCGGCUUUGCUCGCCUGACCCGCGGGCUCCACCUCAGGUUUUCACUUUUCUCUCCGGAGCGAGAUGAAACAACAACAACAAAAACAAAACGAGAGAAAAUAAAACGCGAGAAAACAAUAAAACGCUACAAUGCGAAGUGAA